UUCGGCGACACAUGUGGGUAGCCAACACUUGAAGUUUGUAUACCACUUCAAGAACAGUUCAACGGCGAACCGUGACUCAAAGCCCAUUUUCUGCAUUGCGCACCAGUGCACCAUGCCGUCACCCAAGCGACGACAGCACGAAGGCAUCGACGCGAUGAAGGACAAGUACAAGGUGCCAAAGGAAGAGAUUCUUCAUCUGAAGCGAAUGCUGUUUGACUUGGAGAACACCCGCAAGCGUUUGGAGAAAGAUCGAGAACAUGCCCGGUAUCACGACUCGCCGUUGUCAUGGGUUCAUGUAGCGGAAGCGAUCAAAGGAGACAUGCUCGACUUGUCGUACGUGAAUCGAGGACUCAAGAAGGCUAUCCAGACGCACACGCAGACUGCCAACUUGCUCGCGUUGUGGGUGUCGCAUCUGUCGCUUCACGCUCCCGUCCCGUCCUCGGCACGGGAAAUGUGGCAGAGCAGCCACUUGAUGCUAGGCGACUCGCAAUUGAGGAAGACUGCAUGCGAGUGGAUUUCCAAGCAGAUGAUUCACAACACGCCUUGGAUGAUGGCAGAGAUUCCGUUUGCGUACGAUGCCGACGACGAAAUUGAGGUCGAGGUUCGCGACAAUUGCGAAGGGGUCAAGGUGAUGGCACAGUUCAUGCUACCAUAUCCACUCGAUCAAGUUCGAGACGCGGUGUGGAAGGCGGAAGAGUCGUUCUGCUCGACCCUGCUCGACCUAUUCGAAUCCGACACGUUUAUGUGCGGCAACCAAAUGACGUAUGUCCAGGAAGUUCUUGGCCACCGAACUUGUCGCUUUCAACUAAAGACUCUGAGCUACCUCAGCUCUGGGGAAGACAAAUCGAUCAUGUCGAUGCGAACGAUCUUGCAGGACGACGCGCAUCCCAUCGACAAGAAGACGUGGAUGAUGGACGUAAAGGUGUGGCACGUCAUGGAGAAGUGUGGCGCCGACAUGACCCGUGUGCGAAAUUACUUCACGAUGAGUCUACCGUUCACCAAACGAGGGUUUGUGUCGAUCGAAGACUUUGCGCGAUUCCAAGAUAUCCCGGAUGUGGACAAGUACAGACUAAAUACGCGACUGCUCCGAAACAAAGUCAAGCAACAGAGCCGCCUCGGGCACAUACAGCAGCGGUGGCAAUGGAAAAGGCACGUGUUGCACAUGCUGCAUGAGCGAAAUCGGGGCUCGCCCUCACCGUAAUGCAAAAGUCGUGUUCCAUUUCGACAUUCCCAUGAGGAUGGUGUUAAGCCGACUCCAUGGACGAUAGCUCGACCCCUGGAGGCAAUAUCUGGACGUCUGCCCCCGGCUUCCACUCGAUUCGGGGAAGCCGUGCAGGGACUGCACGUGGUAUCGAACAUCGCGAAUUCCAGGACAUUCUUCGAAAGGCGCGAAUGUGCGCACCGACGCAACGUGCCACACAGCACAUGCAACGUCACAGCGUGACCACAGCUCCCUUCAAGCGCGGACGGCAUGCGAUGGAGACCAUAGCAUGGUUUCGAGAUGCGCCACGUCGGCCGCGAGUGGCACACCGGCGUACGGUGGCACCAUGCAUGUGUACCGUGUUGCGCGAGAAAUUAUUUCAGCGCCUGAGAAACGCAAAAUAAAGUGUAUGGGAA